CUCACUGACGUUCGACAUCUGAUGUCACAGUUUUCCGUCUUGUGCUUUCGAAAGAGAAAAAUAUAAUUUCCAAAUAAUAGCAUUUUAAGUCGAAGUGAAUCAACAUAGGAUUGAAUGAAACAUUUUGCUGCAGAUUAAAGUUUAGAAUUUUUCAGCUAGCACGGCCAAUGAUCCACAGAAUCUCGGAAAUAGACUAAAACUAGCCGGGUAGCAAAGAGUUAAAAAUAAAUUAUGAACAAGGAAGCGGCUGAGGAUUGUGUGGACAAAGCUGUGUCCUAUCUUGCCGAGGGCAAGAUUGAACGAGCGGAGAAAUUACUAUCAAAAUCAAUUCUAUUGCAUCCAACAAAGCGGGCGGAAGAGCUAUUGGAGAAAAUAAAAUGUGGAGCGUUUACAAAGAAGUCUUCGGGGAAUACGUCGGACGAUGGGAUGCGGCAACGAGCGACUGCUGGCCAGAGCGCAAAGGCUGAUUCUUCUACGGAAGCGGAUUACACCCCAGACCAGCUCGAGGCUGUCAAAAGAAUAAAAAAAUGUAAGGAUUACUACGAGGUUCUGGGAGUGUCAAAAGAAGCUACGGAUACGGACAUUAAGAAGGCUUACAAAAAGCUAGCAUUACAGCUGCAUCCGGAUAAAAACAAGGCGCCUGGAUCGGUGGAGGCAUUCAAGGCGAUUGGAAAUGCUGUAGCGAUUCUGACCGACGCUGAAAAACGAAAAUCGUACGAUCUGUAUGGGGGAGAAGACCAGCAGCAGAAUACGGCACGUCGCACCCGUCCGCAGUACGCCUAUUCGCGUGGCUUUGAAACCGAGUUCACCGCGGAGGAACUGUUUAAUAUGUUCUUCGGUGGUAAUAUUCCUACGCAGCAUGUUUAUAUGCGACAGCGUCGGUACCAUCGUAGCGAGCAGCAUCAACAGCAACACCGGGAGGCCCAAUCGGGUUACGCGGCAUUUAUUAAUCUUCUGCCGAUUAUAUUGCUGAUUGGAUUAUCGAUGAUGUCUUCGUUCUUCAUUUCAGACCCUAUUUAUAGUUUGACGCCCAGCCAGAAGUUCUCAGUCGCUCGUAAAACAAAUCAGUUGAAAAUCCCGUAUUAUGUUAAGGAUAAUUUUCAUUCAGAGUAUCAGGGUUCGGUUGGUCGUCUUGAGGCAUCCGUCGAGGAGGAAUACCUUAAUAAUUUGAAGCAUUCAUGCUACCGAGAGCGGAAUUAUAAGGAAACAAUGUUGAUGAAGGCACGCAACUUUGGUGACCGCGAACUGUACUACAAGGCCCAGAACAUCAACACGCCCUCGUGUGAUAAACUUCAAAGUUUGCACAACUAGUCAACUUUUUUCAACUGUUAAUUUAUCGAACUAAAAUAACAUUUUACAAACCACUGUUUGCUUCAAACAUCCCGAGUAUUGUCUGCAGGAUUUAGUCGUUGUUUUUAGGAGUUCCACAGAAAACUACAGUGGAUACAGAGCUGAAAUAGAGUCAGUCAUAUCAUGGAAUACUGAAGGAUGGUAAUACCUUUUCGUGGGUAAAUUUUCUCUACGUUUGAUUUCAUAUGUCCAUCCAGUCCAUGAACACAGUAGAUUUUGCAUGAAACACUACCUAACAUGGAUUGUUGUUAAAUGCCGGUAUUGUAACAAAUUGUUUAUUAAUUUAUUCAAUAUUCUUAGGAAAAACAAUAAAAAUUUGAAUGUUUGAUGGAAA